UGUCCCGGAGCCCUCGGCAGUCGCUGGGCUGCGGCUCCGCUCAUCGCCAUGGAGAAGUACAAAGCUCUUGAGCAGCUGCUCACUGAACUUGAAGAUUUUCUGAGGAUACUGGACAAGGAGAACUUGAGCAGCACUGCUCUGGUGAAGAAGAGCUUCCUGUCUGACCUUCUGAAAGUCUACACCAAGUCCAGUGGUGGUGAUGAGGAGUAUAUUUAUAUGAACAAAGUGACAGUCCAUAAACAGCAGGGUGACCAAGAGAAACAAGACAAAGUGCUGGAUCAGAAGGACUCCCUGACCAAUGGAGACUCAGGACUGCAUUUGUCACCUCCUCAGAAGAGCCUGCCAGACCUCCCCCCUCCAAAGAUUCUGGAAACAAAACAACCUCCGAUCCCCAAGAUUGAAUCCCCAGAGGGAUAUUACGAAGAGGCUGAGCCCUAUGACAUCUCUGUCAAUGGUGUUUUUGGUAGGCUUGCUGCGGCUGGACCCAGGCCAGGGUUGCAGGUUACUGAGGGCGUUAUUUAUGCCACAAUAACUAUGGAUGGUGAAGCUGUUAGUAGUUCCUACGAGUCCUACGAUGAGGAAGAGAGCAGCAAAGGCAAGUCAGCAACCCAUCAGUGGCCAUCCCCAGAGGCCACCAUUGAGCUGAUGAAGGAUGCCCGCAUCUGUGCCUUCCUGUGGAGAAAGAAGUGGCUGGGACAGUGGGCAAAACAGCUGUGUGUUAUCAAGGACACCAGGUUGCUGUGCUACAAGAGCUCCAAAGACCACAACCCCCAGCUCGAUGUGAAUUUGCUGGGCUGCACUGUCAUUCACAAGGAGAAGCAAGUGAAGAAGAAAGAGCACAAGCUGAAGAUCAUCCCCACAAAUGCUGAUGUCAUCGUGCUGGGGCUGCAGAGCAAAGACCAGGCAGAGCAGUGGCUCAGGGUAAUCCAAGAGACCAGUGGUCUGCUCUGUGAAGGAGGCAGUGAAGGCAACCAGUACAUCCCAGACUCACAGCGUCUCAGUUACCCAAAGGUGGAGGUGUCCGAGAGAUACUCUGCAGCCUCCGAGAGUGGGAGCAGCACCGACGGCCACACUGACACAGCUGAGACAAAAGAUGUUAAGAAGAAGGGCACAACUGGCCUGAAACUGAGCAACCUGAUGAACCUCGGGAGGAAGAAGUCCAGCUCCAUGGAUAGCCCAGAGAGAUCCCUGGAGACUUCAAGUUACCUGAAUGUGCUGGUGAACAGCCAGUGGAAGUCACGGUGGUGUCAGAUAAAGGAUGGGCACCUCCAUUUCUACCAGGACAAGAACAGGAGCAAACUGGCUCAGCAGCCCCUGAGUUUGGCAGGCUGUGAAAUCAUCCCCGAGCCGAGCCCUGACCAUCUUUACUCCUUCCGCAUCCUGCACAACGGGGAGGAAAGGGUUGUUUUGGAGGCAAAGUCCUCAGAGGAAAUGGGCCACUGGCUGGGCCUCCUCUUGUCAGAGUCAGGCUCGAAAACAGACCCAGAGGAAUUCACCUACGAUUACGUGGAUGCUGACAGGGUUUCCUGCAUCGUGAGCGCUGCAAAGAAUUCCUUCUUCCUAAUGCAGAGGAAAUACUCUGAGCCCAACGCCUACAUCGACAACCUGCCCAAGGGCAGGGUGCAGCAGGACGAGCUCUACGAUGACGUGGAUCUGCCAGACCUGCCUGUGGAAGAAGUGCCCAAGAGUGAGAGCAAAUCAGAGGGGGAUCAAGACAGAGUGUACCUGGAUCUCACCCCAGUGAAGUCCUUGCUACACUGUGCUGGCAAGAUGUCCUGCCAGUCUUCACCCCUCAGCUCACCAUCUCUAGAAAGGGCUGCCAAGGCUGCCCCAGAGAGCACAGCUGAGACAGCCCCCAUGGCUAAGGAAGCUGAGCCCUGUACUAAGUCAGCAGAGACCUCAGAGCAGAAACACCCAGAGAAGCCAGAGCCCGAGGAGGCUCUGCCACGGGUGCCUGCUGUCAAAAUCCAGACCCAGCAGCAGAACACUGCCUUCCCCCAGGUGGCUCCCGAGGUGCCAGCGGGCACAGUUCCAGUGGGCAGCCCCCAGCUGGUGCCUGCACACCGGCCCAAGAUGCCACUGCCAGCAGCAGCAGUGGAAACCAAGCUGGGCAAGAACAGGACAGAGGCAGAGGUGAAACGGUUCACAGAGGAGAAGGAACGGCUGGAGAAGGAGAAGGACGAAAUCCGAGCUCAGCUCACCCAGCUGCGCAAGGAGAGACGGGAGCUGAAGGAGAUGCUUGGUGGCAGCACAGACAAGAGCCUGGAGCAGAGGCUGAAGGAGAUAGAUGAAGAAUGCAAAAGGAAGGAAAGCCAGAGGGUGGACCUGGAGCUGAGCCUCGUGGAAGUGAAAGAGAACCUGAAGAAGGCCGAGUCCGGCCCAGUGACUCUGGGCACAGCUGUGGACACCACACACCUGGAGAACACAGCCCCACGGGUUCAGGCAAAAAGUGCCAGUGCAGCAAACAGCGCAGAGAACUCGCCGGUCAAUUCAGCAACGGCUUUAAAAAACCGGCCUUUAUCUGUUAUGGUCACAGGGAAGGGAACAGUCCUACAGAAAGCCAAGGAAUGGGAGAAGAAGGGAGCUAGUUAGAAGCACAUUGUUCAGAGAUGGACUAAAGACUCGAAUUGCCCACGCAUGGCCCAGGGGAUUCAACCAUCUGUCGGUGGAGGUUGGGUGUUCAACAGCCCCACACACCAAGUGCCUCCUCCACGGCGCGCCCGCGGCUCCGACGCAGCGCUGGAGUCAACAGCUGCUGAUACCACUUAUCCCAAAUGAACUUCUUCUUUCCAGACAAAUCCCAAUCGUGUAGCUAAAACAAUAACAACCAGUGGCAAUCCUUCCAUCAAAGUCCUAACCCAGCUGAUGUAAACAAGAAUGUUACUGUAAAUAGGGGUGUUUUGUGUAUUUCUACUCUGAAGGUUUAUCAAUGAGUUAUUAAGGUUUCUAUAUUAGUGACUGUAGUGGAUUCAGAAGGGACCUCUGCUAUUCCUCAGCCUGGUGAGUUUGUAUCUGUCCUGAUAAAUUUGAGUCAACUAAAGUCUCACCUGUCUUGCUGCCAGUCAUCACUCAGCUGCAUUUCAUCCAGCCUUCAGUCAAGGGCUAUCCCCACAUGUGAGCAAUGCUUCAAACAUGAAUAAGAAAAGGCCUGUCCAGGGCAUUUUUAAUCAGUGUCCUGGUGCAUUUCCAGCAUCUCCUACCAGCUCCAGCUUUGCUAGAAUAUUGAGCUGCUUACCUUCUCAUGCUGUAAGAUGUGUUACAGACUGGAGGCACCAAGAGCUCUGGGCAAAGAAGAUCUGCCAGGCAGAUUCAGUUAACUUUCUUGAAGUUCUUACUUUACCUAAGGAGUUUGUUCUUUAAAAAAAAA